CGCGCACAUUUAAGCCGGGGGCGCGACUCCCGCGCACCAGUUCGUGUCCUAUCCUCAGAGAAUAAACUGACUACGACCACCAUGAAAGUCAAACCGGAAACCUCCGUGGGCAUGAUCGACCCGUCGCUACUUCUGCGGCCGGAGAAGGUGUACGAUGACAAGCCGGUGACUGCUUUCCGGGACUACUCCGUGGACGACGAGGACCCUAUCAAGCAGCGCGUGCGCAGGACGUACUACACCAUGCACACACACACCACCGUCGACUUUGUCAAAGGCAAGAUGGAGAAGUGGCUCAAGUUCAACCACUUCAAGUCGACGAUAAAGGACGCGCUGAUCCGACUGAACGAACUGGUGGACGAGUCGGACCCCGACACCGACCUUCCUAACAUCGUGCACGCGUUCCAGACCGCAGAGCGCAUCCGCCAGGACCACCCCGAGGACGACUGGUUCCACCUCACGGGGCUCAUCCACGAUCUGGGCAAGGUGAUGGCCUUUUACGGCGAGCCGCAGUGGUGUGUCGUGGGCGAUACCUUCCCCGUGGGUUGCAAGUGGGGGCCCAGCAUCGUCUACGGCGACGAUAGCUUCAAGGAUAACCCCGACACCUAUAACCCCAAGUACAACACGGAGUACGGCAUGUACGAGCCUCAGUGCGGCAUCGAGCGGCUGAUGAUGUCGUGGGGGCACGACGAGUACCUCUACCGCGUCCUACUACACAACAAGUCUACGCUGCCUAAGGAGGCGCUCUACAUGAUCAGGUACCACUCGUUCUACCCGUGGCACGCGGGCGGCGACUAUCAGCACCUCAUCACUGAGAAAGACGACUACAUCAAAGAAGCUGUGCUGAAGUUCAAUCAAUAUGACUUGUACACGAAGAGCGCGGGCAUCCCCGACAUCGAGGCGCUGUGGCCAUACUACGAGGGUCUCAUCGACAAGUACAUUCCCGGCGAGCUCGAGUGGUAGACAUCUGCUCACGUCUGACUAACACGACCUGUCUUUGUCUGUUUUAUAUGAUAAUAUUUGUAAAUACUAUGUUGUAAAAUAACACUUGAUCGUUUA